GUCAAAGACUUCCCAGUUAUUUCCAUAAGAAGCAGCGGAAGGAAAACAAAAGCAAGCAUAAAAUUAAAUGCUUCCACUUUUAUAGCGUUUUUUUUCUCUCUCUCGCACCCUGUCAAAAUGUUCAAUCAUUAAUACUCCCAACUGCCACCACAAGAACCACCACAACCGCCACCGUUGAUACCGACGGAGCAAACUAAUCAAGGCAACAAAAAAAUCGAAGCCACGUCAACGGAGAAAAAGAGAACAACAUGAGCGGAAAACAGCCGAUGAGAAUAGACUUGGACGAGAUGCCGGAGACGCCACAGCACCGUGGUAUCCACCAUCGUAGGGCCCACUCCGACACCUCGUUUCGGUUCGACGACCUUCUUCUCUUCGACCCUUCGGACCUCGACUUGUCGUCGCUUGACCUCCUCCCGUCGCCCAAUCCUACUCCGCCACGUGUUCAAACCAUGUCUGUUGAUUCAUCCGACGACUCCACAUCCAACUGGGACCAAAACAACAACAACAAUAACAGUCAGAGCAGUCAAACCCCUCCGAAGCCGAAGCCUAUUAAUCACCUCCGGAGUCUCUCCGUUGACUCUGAUUUCUUCGACAGCUUGGGUUUCGCCACCUCUGCCGGGGGCAGCGGGGGGAAGAGUGCGGCUGUUUGUGGAGGAGGAGGAGGAGGAGGAGGAGAGAAAAGGGGCUACCAUAGGCAUAGUAAUUCAAUGGAUGGGAGUAUUGCGACGUCGUUUGAGAUUGAGUCUGUUAUUGGAGAUGGUGCUAAGAAGGCUAUGGAUCGUGAUCGCCUUGCUGAAUUGGCUCUUAUUGAUCCCAAGAGAGCUAAAAGGAUUCUUGCUAAUAGGCAAUCUGCAGCACGUUCAAAGGAGAGGAAAAUACGGUAUACCGGUGAGCUAGAGAGGAAAGUGCAGACACUACAAACUGAGGCAACCACAUUGUCAGCGCAGGUGACAAUGCUGCAGAGAGACACCACUGGGUUAACAGCUGAGAAUAAGGAACUUAAACUGCGACUACAAGCUAUGGAACAACAAGCCCAGCUUAGAGAUGCACUCAAUGAAGCGUUGAGGGAAGAAGUACAGCGCCUUAAAAUAGCUGCAGGCCAGAUUCCAGCAGUGAACGGAAACCCUUUUGGCAGAGCUCUGCCUCAAUUUUCCUCCCAGCAGCCAACCUUACAUCACUUCGGUGGGAACCAGACUCAGCAGCAGCAGCAGCAGCCGCAGCAGAUGCCACUGUCAUCCACCAACAAUCAGAUGCCGAGUGGGCAGUCACACCCAAGCUUCAUGGACUUUGACCAGAGGGUCUAGCUUCAUUCAAGACCCUCCAUUAAUGAUUUCAUCUAAUCCUUUUUAAGUAGUAGAAGAUGAGUCUGGUUUUUUACUGUAUAUAGAAAUAUGUGUAUGUGUUGCAGGUUGGUCUGAGUGUUGCCCAGAGCAAACCUUUGUAUCAGUUGCACACAUGGCUAUGUUACUCGUAGUGUAGAAAAUUUCUCAGAUCUUGAUGUAGAUGAUUGUUGUUUAUCAGUUGUAGGUCUAUAUUUAUGAAUAAUUGCUUAUGGAGUUGGUUUUAAUUAACAGACUCUUGUUUAGAGGUUGAUGUGA